AUGGAGGAAGCCUUGAGCGCCGCAGGCAACAAGAAGCCUGAGGAGCUGAGCAAGUUCUUCGAGGAUCGCAUCUUCAGUAUCUAUGGGGACGUCUAUCCGACCGAGGUGACAAUCGGGGUGGCCGCCUUCUCCACCGAGGUCAAAACCGUGACCAAGCAGGAGAACAACAAAAAGGCCAAGGACCUCGCGCAUUUGGCGGGAAAGGGCAUUGGCCAAGGCUUCGCGGGCAAAGGGGACGUAGCUGCCAGCACUGACACGGCCAGCACGGAGGGUGCGCAUGCUGUGAACGAAAGCCGAAGCUGGACCAGCAUCGGGGCAGCCAUCAGCGAUGGCAAGAACCCCCGGUCCAUCAAUUCAUGCAGGGAGGACUCAGGUGCAUGGCGCUGCAUCCAGUACGAGAGGGUAGCAAGCGUCUUCGACUUGCUCCCCGCGAAGCUUCUGGACCGUGUCCGGGAGUUGGAGAAGACAAUGCCGCAACUUGCGCCCGAGCAAGAGCUGCAGAAACCAGCGCAGCUGCAGCCAGCCAGCGAACGCCUCAAGCGCCGCCAGCAAGCAGUGGCGGCCGUGAUCGAGGGCCUCAAGCGCUUGGACCGCUGGCAGCACACCAUGCAUCAGAGGAACGAGGCACAAAGGCUUCUGCAGGAAGUGGGAAUCCGGCAGGGGCGCCUUGAGACCGGCGAGAGCCUCCUCACAGCCGACGAGCACAAGCAGAUCAAGUGGCUCGUGGGCCUCUACUCUGGUUGGAUCUGGAAUGUGGACGACAACAAGACCAGUGCUGCGGCACAGCAGGCAGCGGACGUCCUGGCGAAGGAUGGGUGA